GAUAUAAUAUUGAUUAAUUUGAUAUUGCAGUAAUCGUAUUGAUUGAACCAUACUAACGUGAGUAAUAUAAUAAUAAGGAAUUUCUUACAUUUGAUAUUUUUUUAAUAAUUUUAAGAAGGAAAAGACAAAUAACCGAGUUACUAGAAUACUAUCAAACGAUAUUAUAUCAAUCCCAUCUGUAUGAUAUCAUCAGUGACGUUUCUCGCACUCUAAAAGUAUAUCACUUCAGUCACUCGUUAACUGCCGAUGUAAAACAACGUAUUUCCUUGAGAACUGGCAUUAGAACGAGACAACGAUGUCGAAUUUUUAUAUCAUCAACGUUGACUAUUUAAAAAGUUGGAACGCAAUUUUUAAAAUCAUACAAUUGGUAGUGGGUGCAAUUUGCGUGGGAAUUAUUGGCAAUGAGUUUAAUGGUGUACAUACUACAGAAUUAUACUUCCUUAUUGCAACAUCUACUUUCUUUAUUGGAACUUUUACUCUCUUCAUUAGUUAUUUGUUGUCUCCGUCUGCUGCAUCCAUUAUACCUAAAACAAUUUACGAACUUGUUUACCAUUCCAUUGCAUCCGUAUUAUUACUUUCGGGUUCAAUAGCAUUAAUGGUACACAUACAUAGGGACGAAAUUGUGGUUCAUAAUUAUAAGGCGGAAUUAGCAGCUGGUAUAUGCUGUUUGUUAAACACCGUUUUAUACAUCUGUGGCGCGAUUUUGGGCUUUGGCACUUAUGGAGACGAUUAACAAAUUAUUAAACAUUUGCGAUUUUCUAAACAGUAAAAAUGAUUAUUUGUAUGUAAUUUGUUUUUACAAACCAGACUUAUAUGUUUUAUAAAUUUUAUUUAAUUAAAUCAAUGUAAAAACGUUGUACAAAGAAUUUCGACUGUGUAACUAUAUAUAUUUGUUAUUAGCAGAUGUCGAGAAAGUUUCGAACAAUGUUUCUAUAUCUGCUAUAUCUUUCAUGAAUCACUGAUAGCGUUUAUAAACAUUUUGCUGUUAUACGAUUGUCUUUAGACAAAAAUGAAGUUGAAAUGCUCACUAUAUGUCAUUAAUUUAAUUAUCUAUUUUAAUAAAAUAGUUAUUUAUCAUACAUAUAUAUGUAUAUAUAUAUAACAAUUUGCAAAUUGAAAAUGAAAGAUUAACAUAAAAUUAUGAUAAGAAACACACGAUCUCGACAUUACCUUAAAUCUCAUCUACGUUUUGUAUUGCGUAUCUUCUGUUUGUAUCAAUGCGCCAUUCAUCCUUACAUUAUCAAUCAAUACUUUUGCAAAAUACAUUUUUAUGUAGACAUAUUUAUUUUAUAUGCAUGUAUACAUAAUAUUUAUGUUUAUUAAAUAUAAAUAAUUAAGAAAGAA